AUGGCAAACUUAUCUGAAGUAACGUAUUUUUAUCUAUCUGGAUAUUAUGACAUGGACAGCAUGAAGCCACUGUAUUUCUUACUAUUCUUGAUUAUAUACAUUAUCAUUAUUGCUGAAAGUUCAUUGUUAAUUGGAGUGGUGUAUCAUGAAAAAUCUCUGCAUGAGCCAAUGUAUUUGUUGUUGUGUAACUUGGCUGUGAACGGUCUUUUUGGAGGCACUGCUUUGCUACCGGCAGUACUGAGCAAUGUUCUGUCAGACUCACAUGAGAUUUCUCUAUCACUUUGUCAGAUACAGAUUUAUGCCAUACAUACAUAUGCAAUCACUGAAUUUACGAUUCUAGCAGUCAUGAGUUAUGAUAGAUAUGUGGCUAUUUGUUAUCCGCUAUCGUAUCAUGUGAUUAUGUCGCAGAGACUGGUUAAACUGAUUGUUUGCAUGUGGCUUUAUCCUAUGCUGGCAUUUCUUAUUGUUUUAUGUUUUACUCUUCAGCUGAAGUUCUGUAAGAAAGCUAUAGAUAAGAUAUAUUGUCUUAAUUACUUGCUGGUGCAACUUUCUUGUACAAAGUCACCAAUUACUAACAUAAUUGGACUAUUCUCUGUAGCUAUUUAUACACUUCCGCAGCUUUUCAUGGUCUUCUAUUCAUAUGCACACAUACUGAAGAUAUGUUUAUUGUCAUUUAACAACUCUAAGCGUAAAGCUCUCCAGACGUGCAUCCCCCACUUACUGUCAAUUAUUAACUAUUCUAUUGGCUGCUUUUUUGAGAUAGCACAAGGACGAUUCAACAUUACCUAUAUUUCUUACCACACAAAAUUGUUUUUAUCUCUGUACUUUUUAAUCUGCCCUCCCAUGUUUAAUCCGCUGAUCUAUGGUUUGAGCAUUCAGGUGAUUAGAGUACGACUCUUAAAGCUUUUCAGGAGACAGAGCAGACAAGUACAAGUAAUGUAG